CGCACGCGCUCGCACGUGUCGCCAACGCGCGGACCGCGACCACUCGCGUGUGCACUGCGCCUACACGACAAUAACACCAUCUCAAGUGAUCACUAACUAACACCCACACAUCAACAAGUGUCUCAUAUGCUAAUACACGAACAUUUACCUGUGUAAGUGAUCCUACUGUGAUCAGUGUUUCAAUUUUGUGACAUUGUCUGGUGUAAUUUCUAUGAUGGAGUACCACCAUAGGCACAUGGACCAGGGUGGAUUGCAGGGCCAAGGCCAAGCCCAGCAAUGGGGUGGCUAUGGCUGGGGCCCUCCAGCGCCCGCACCAGCCCCACCUGCGCCUGCGCAGCGCAACAAAAGAGCGCACUCUGAAAGUGAAGACGAUGCUUUUUCCGAAGAAAGCAGUAAAGAUGCGCAAUCCCCAGGCGGAGACUCCUGCCAGCUCAUGACUCGAAAGAGAAGACGAGGAGUUAUCGAGAAGAAGCGACGGGACCGCAUCAAUACCUCACUCACUGAACUCAAGAGGCUCGUCCCAGCGGCUUGUGAGAAACAAGGCAGCGCCAAAUUGGAGAAGGCGGAAAUACUCCAACUUACAGUAGACCAUCUUAAGAUGCUGCAUUCUAAAGGUCUCGACACGUUCGCGUACGACCCGCAAAGGUACGCAAUGGACUACCACAGCAUCGGCUUUAGGGAAUGCGCGGCAGAAGUAGCCAGGUACCUCGUCAGCUGCGAAGGUCUAGACAUACAGGACCCACUGCGGCUGCGACUCAUGAGCCACCUCCAGUGCUUCGCCGCGCAACGGGAGCUCGCAGCGAAGUCCGCCAACUGGGGCUACCCACAGUACCCCGCCGCGCCGGUAGCUCCGCAGCCUCAGCAUCCCACAGGAUAUACAGACUUGGGGCACAGGCAGGACAUACCAACAACAUCAGCUACAACGACAGUGGCAGUACCUACGGCGAUAGCAGCCCCGCUGACAGCCGCUCCGAGCUAUCCUCACUAUCCUCCAGCGCCUCCCGCUCCCCCCGCUCCGCCGGGACCACACCCCGCCCCACCAGCCCCACAUUACCCCUCCCCGUACCCUCAUCCGCCACCACACCACCAAUACUCACAAAACAGUUCGAAGCCCUAUAGACCAUGGGGUGCGGAAUUGGCUUAUUAG